AUGGUUGUUUCACGCAGACUAGUAUCCUCUCUGAUUCGAUUAUGGAAACCCUCCGUUUCUUGCUCAACAUUAAUACGCUCUUCUACAUCCUGUGCUUCUCGCCAUACCUACGGCGGUAUUUCCCAAUAUGCUUCGUCUGCUUCAACUCCAUUGUCACGUCAGGCGAAGAUAGAAGUACCCGGAGGUCCUCAAAUCAGUGAUGAGUUCACCGGUCAGGAUGCAAUCGGUCAUGUUUGCCAAGUUGUCGAUACUUUAGUGGAUGUAAAAUUCAAGGAAGGUUUGCCUCUGCCCCAGAUACGGACUGCCCUCGAGGUUUUGGAUCAUUCUUCUCGAUUGGUCUUGGAGGUUGCAGAUCAUUUGGGUGAGGGCGUGGUGCGAACAAUUGCUAUGAGUCCAACUGAAGGAGUUGCUAGAGGGUGGCGAGUGCUCAACACCGGCUCCCCUAUCACUGUUCCUGUUGGUAGGGUUACCCUUGGCCGUGUUAUGAAUGUUAUUGGGGAAACCAUUGAUGACUAUGGUGAAUUGAAAGCGGAGAAAAUGUUACCAAUAUAUAGAAAAGCUCCUUCCUUUUACGAACGUAAUAAGACUCCGGUCAUACUUCAAACCGGCAUUAAGGUUAUUGACAUGCUUGCACCAUACCAAAGAGGAGGAAAUAUUGGGUUGAUUGGUUGCGCUGGGGUAGGCAAAAGUAUACUUAUGAUGGAACUGAUGAAUAUUGUUGCUGACAUUUAUGGUGGUUUGUCUGUUUUUGCCGGAAUUAAAGAACAAUCCCAAGAGGGUGAGGACUUGUACAGAAGAAUGGUUAGCGAUGGUAUCAUUAAGCUAGGUGAUAAGCAGAGUCAAAGCAAAUGUGCGUUUGUGUGUGGUCAAAUAAAUGACCCCCCUGGUGCUCGUAGCCGUGUUGUUUAUACUGGACUUACAGUUGCGGAAGGUUUCCGUGAUGAAGGACGAAAAGUGCUUCUUUUUGUUGACAACCAUUUCAGAUUUACUCAAGCUGAUUCGGAGUUAUCUACUUUGCUUGGUCGUAUCCCAUCGGCUGUUGGUUAUCAACCAACACUGUCCAUUGAUAUCCAUAGUCUUCAAGAACGUAUCGCAGCCACAUCUAAGAGUUUUAUUACCUCUUUCCAUACUAUCUAUCCUGGUGAUGACGUUGAUGUUCACUUGGAUGCUGCAACCGUCUUCUCAAAAGAGAUCUUUGAUCGUGGAAUCUAUCCGGCUAUUGACCCUUUGAAAUCAACAUCUAGUUUACUAUCUCCACACUGUCUGCAUGAAGAUCACUUUGAAGUUGCUGAUGGUGUAAUACGAAAUCUCCAACACUACAAGAAUCUUCAAGAUAUCAUUGCUAUUUUAGGAGUGGAUGAGCUUAGUGAAGAUGAUCAACUGAUUAUUACUCGUGCUCGUAAAAUUGAGCUAUUUUUAGGUCAGCCUUUGUCUGUGGUAGCCUAUCCUAGAUCUCAGGAAACAUAUGUUCAUUUGGAUGAUACCCUUAAGGGUUUCCAGGGUUUGUUGGAUGGCGAAUACGAUUACAUUCCUGAUGCCUAUUUUCACAUGACUUGUGGCAUUAAAGAUGUCAUUGCAGCGUAUGAAAACCAUCUCUUGGCUGGAAUGCAAUGCAACUAA